AUGGACAGACUUGUUAAGCCUAAUUCGGAGGAACUCAAACUGUGUUUCAUCAGAGGGCAAAAGUCUUCUGCAACUUUCAAGUUAACUAAUCUCAUGCACACCAUGUCUGUAGCUGUUGGUCUCUCUACUACCAAGGCUUCUGUUUUCUCUUUCUCACAUUCAUUUACUAUUAUUCCUCCACUGUCAACAGCUUCCUUCACUCUUUUCUUGACUAGUUCUUGUGAUCAGCCUCCUCUUUCCACGCCUUUGGACACCGUUAUGGUUAAGUCAUCGAUGCUUCCUACUGGUAAAGCUAGUCAGGAUGAUCUUCGCCGUCUUUUUUCAACAAGUGGACGUCAUAUCUUCAAAGAUGCCAAGAUUCCCAUUUCCUUUGUUGGUCCACAGGUUGUGGAGUUCCUUCUUUCAUCCAAUUCUUCAGUUUCAUCUAAGACUUUAUUGGAUGUCAGUUUACUUCUCCAAAAAGCCAUUUCUAUGUGCGAUGGCUGUCAACUUGAUUCAUUGCUUAAAUAUGCUGCCAAGAAUGGAAAUUCCCACUGUAUUUCAGCUCUGAUUGAGGCUGGUGCUGAUGUUAAUAAAAGGCACUCAGACGGGGACUCCGUUAUGUCACUGGCUGUGAGAUCCGGAAAUCUUGAUUCUGUUCAGGUUUUGAUUGAGUCUGGUUAUAGUAUUGACAACUCUGCCGAUAGGUUUCUGCAUUAUGCAGCAGCAAUGGACCGCGUGGACUUGAUGGAGAUUCUUUGUUUGGGUUAUGCUGAUAUAGAUUUGAAUUCAACUGAUUCUCAAGGUAGAACUCCCCUUCAUAUAGCAGCAAUUCACGGAUAUGUUGAAGUCCUUCAGUUUCUUGUUUCAGUAGGGAGCGAUCCAGAUAUAUUAGAUUCUCAAGGUUGGACUCCUUUGCAUUUUGCUGCUCACCAAGGCAAUGUUGAAGCAGUCGAUUUCUUACUAAAUCAUUCCAGUUAUGCAAAAUAUGCUCUAACGAAACAAGGGAAGACUGCUUAUGAGCUUUCUACUGAUAAGGGCCACUCUAAACUGUACGAUCUCUUACUGUUAGGAGACACUUUGCAUAGGGCUGCAGGAAAAGGUGAUGUUGAUAAUAUCAAGAAAUGUAUCGCUGAAGGGGCGAGUGUGAAUGGGAAGGAUCAGAAUGGUUGGACUCCUUUACACAGAGCAGCUUUUAAGGGAAAAAUUGAAGGGGCAGAGGUUUUGGUAAAGCACGGAGCUAAGCUUGAUGUUGUUGAUGAUUGUGGGCAUACACCACUUCAUCUUGCUAUUGAGGCUGGACAAAAGGAUGUGGCUGUGUAUUUAGUUACACAAGGUGCUAAGGCUAUUUUGAAGAGCUUCAAAGCUAAAGGUCAGGUUCCAUGCGAUUUGGAGAAUUUCAAGAACCAUUCUUCGCAUCUACAUUCCGUAGAUUUGUAUCAUGUAAAGCAUUAA